CACGAACACACACACGAACACACACACAUUCACACACACACACCUAUAGUUCUUCUAAAGUUAUCUUUAUACUGGCCAUCUUUAGUCAGUUUAGUCCUCUGACACAGACCAGUGUUUUGUGCACAAAAGGCAACUCUUCAUUCUGAACAUCUCUAGGUUGUUGCAUGCAAUAUGGACCAGUUGGACACAUCAACCACUGCUGACUACGACUUCGAAAAUUAUUCAAUGACUUAUAUGCCACCAUGUGACUUGACGGACAUAUCUACAUUUAGUAGACAUUUAUUACCACCAUUCUACAUUGCAAUAUUUGUUAUCAGUUUGCUGGGCAAUGGUUUGGUUCUAUAUAUCCUAUUCAAGUUUGAAAAGAUCAGCACAGUUACGAAUGUAUUCCUCAUCAACCUGGUAGCUUCUGAUCUGAUAUUUACCGUUGGUCUCCCAUUCCAAGCUGUGUACCAUAGCUCGGAGUGGUCCUUUGGCAAGAUGGGAUGCAAGUUGAUGAAUGGCACUUACCACCUUGGUUUCUACAGCUCUGUCCUCUUCCUCACUCUUCUGACUUUUGACCGUUACCUGGCUAUAGUGCAUGCCGUUGCUGCAGAGAAAUGGAGGCAGAGCUGCUACGCCUACAUUUCAGCCACUGUUGUGUGGCUUGUUUGUUGCCUUACUAGUCUGGAGACCUUCCUAAAUUUCGAUAUAGCAGAAGACAUAAUUCAGGGGUUAACCUGCACCUACAUGAGUGACCCUGAACAGAAGAUAAUGGGCAAUUAUUUCCAGUUUGCACUUUUUUUCAUCUUCCCCUUAGUUGUUGUCUUGUACUGCUACAUCAGGAUCUUUUUAAGGAUUCUCUCAACUCGAAUGAGGAGCAAACAAAGGCCUCUGAAGUUGAUAUUCGUCAUUGUGAUUCUAUUCUUUAUGUGCUGGACCCCAUACAAUGUCAUAUUGCUGCUAACAGAAAUUGAUGACAGAGACCCUUGUGAUUACAGUCUUGUCUAUCUGCAGUAUGUCACUCACAGCAUUGCUAAUUUAUACUUCUGUAUCAAUCCGAUGUUCUACACUUUUUUGGGUAGGAAAUUCCAAAAUCAUGUACGCCGAUUGUUGGUAGACGAGAUCCCAUGCUUAAAGAAUCAUCUGCAUGUCAGUGAAAACAGCAGAUCAUUCUCUAGGUGAAUGCUAAAUACAGUAGCUAUGGGAUUAUUGAUGGAAAUGCAACACUGCAAAGUUUAUUAGGACAAUUUAUUUCUGUUCCGAUCUAUUUUAGCAGUAAAUUUACUUAGGUAUUUUAUCAUUUACAAUAUUUGCGUCACUUAUUUGUAGUUAGUCUUUGUACAGUUCUUGUUUCCAAAACUUUUCACGCAGUUAACAUAAGAGUGCUGUGUAUGUAAUGAACCAUACACUUUGUUUUUUGCUUGUUUUCUAAGACCAUCAUAUCUACGACCAUGUUUCUAUGGAGCUCGAUUCACUUUCUUCUUAAGUACUUUCAAGUUAUGAGGGUUAACAAGCUACAGUAAUAACAGUUUGUGUGAAUCCUCGAUUGUGCGAGUAGAUCAUACCACUAAUCCUGAACUAAUAACCGUUUUUGGAUAACAUCUGUGAAAUGCUUGAGUUUGCAAAAGAAACCAUGGGAUAUGGAGAGACAAGUUUAAAUGGAGUCAACUUCCCUGAAGCAGUACUUAUUAUAAUUUAGCCAUGAAAGAGGUAGAAAGAUCAUGAGAAAAUGUUUCUGUUAUGCUUAUAUGUAUGUCUUUGUUUCUAGGAUGAAUCUUUCACAAUUACUAAAAGACUUUGUUUGUAACUGCAUGUUUUUAAAAAGCUUAUACCAAAGGGGAAAAUCAAUUAUAAUACAAAACAAAUAAAAAAAUAAAAAAAUAAAUCAGCAUCUGUUUGGGGGGGCUGGUUGGUUAUUGUGCACUGAUUGAUAAUGUUUUCUUGUUAAGUGCUUGCUGGGUUUAAGAUGUUUUUGUAGUUGCAAUGCAUGUGUUGUUCUCAGCUGUGUGUUUGUACAGGGAGAGAUAGAGAGAGAAAUUUAGAGAGGGAGAUGAAAAUAAAAUGAACUAAUGCAAGAUGAAAAACUGUAAAUAAAAUGUCACUAUUUUGACAGACCACAUAUGUCGACAGCGCUCCGAGUAGACUGAGAAUAACUCAGAAAUUAUGAUAAUGAAAAUGUCUGCUUAUAAUAGAUGGUUUGGGCACUGAUUUGUGAGCCAUGUUAUAACUUUAUAAAUUUGUUAUUCAGUGUUUGCUAAUGGAUUUAACGCAAUCUGUGUGUGUGCGUGUUCUUGAAUGUAACAUUUCAUUAAAUAAAAAAAAGAAUGUAAUAAUUAAGAGUUAAGAAUUAAGAAUUUUUGGUAAUACAAAAUACAUAGACUCAGUGUUUAUACUUGAUGCACCAGAAGCUACAGAGUGGAAUGGAGGAGCUGCUUAUAGCUCUAGGGUCAAUGGUUCGAUCCUGACCUCAGGUUACUGUGUUCCUCUGGGUUCACUGGUUUCCUCUAACCUCCCCAAAACAGGUAGAAGGUUUAUCAACUUUAAGUUGUGCAUCUCUGUGUGAAACUGUGCAAAUGUGAUUUUUGUCCUGAAAAUGACAUUUCAUUCUAAAAACUAAAUGGUUUAUGCAGUCUGCUUUGGAUAUAAUGCAAAUCAAGUUGCUACAGGUUUGAAUGAACCAAAUUAAUGUCAUGUGGCUGUUUCUCUGUUGAUGUAUAUUCACUCCGAUGCUACAAUAUGUCCAAUUACGAGUAGGUUUAACUUGUCCUA